AUGGAAAUCAGAAAUCUCACACGUGUUGUCUCAGAAUUCCAUCUCACUGGCUUCUCCGAGGAUCCAGAGCUGCAGCCCGUCCUCCUGGGACUGUUCCUCUCCAUGUACCUGGUCACGGUGCUUGGGAACCUGCUCAUCAUCCUGGCUGUCACCUCAGACUCCCACCUGCACACACCCAUGUACUUCUUCCUCUGCAGCCUGUCCUUGGCUGACAUGGGGUUCACCUCCACCACGGUUCCCAAGAUGAUUGUGGACAUCCUCACCCAUAGCAUGGUCAUUUCUUAUACCGGCUGCCUGACUCAGAUGUCUCUCUUUAUUACAUGUGGAGACAUGGAUGAUUUCCUUCUAACAGUGAUGGCCUAUGACCGGUUUGUUGCCAUCUGUCACCCCCUGCAUUACCAGAUCAUCAUGAAUUCCCACCGCUGUGGCAUCCUACUUUUGCUGUCAUUUGUGGCCAGCCUUUUUGAUUCCCUACUUUAUAAUUUUAUGGUAUUACAAGUCACAUGCUUCAAAAGAGUAGAAAUUUCUAAUUUCUUCUGUGAUCCCACUCAACUUCUCAACCUUAGUUGUUCUGACACCCUCAGCAGUGACAUAGUCACAUGUAUUGUAAGCAUCGUAUAUGGCUUCCUCCCUUUGUCAGGAAUCCUUUUCUCUUAUUAUAAAAUUGUCUCUUCCAUUCUGAGGGUUCCAUCUCCAGGUGGCAGAUACAAAGCAUUCUCCACCUGCAGCUCUCACCUGACAGUGGUUUGCUUAUUUUAUGGAACAGGCAUUGGUGUGUAUCUCAGUUCAUCUUUCUCUGGUUCUGCUGGGAAGGUUGCCUUGGCCUCACUGAUGUACAGUGUGAUCACCCCCAUGCUCAACCCUUUUAUCUACAGCCUGAGGAACAGGGACAUCAAGAGAGCCAUGUGCAUAGUCUUCAAGAAAACACUCUUAUUCCCAUCCAAGAUUAGAACUUGA